UCACGCUCUCUCCAGUUAUUCCUACACCCAUGGCCGAGUCAGUGUCGUCGCGCGAAACAUCGUAGGGUGGAAUAUCUCUAUCUCGUGCACACGCUGGAGAAAUAUGUGACUGGAGAAAAUAAACGACUAGAGGAAUAAACAUGGCAGACUCGGGAGCCGUUGAAACGCGUGACAGUCGCGAAGAUGCGAUCGGAGCGUUCGGGGAAUUCGGGGGAGGAGUUGUCGCGCUAUCGCGGAUACGCGACUGUCACGUGGCGAGGAACGGGCCCCUCCGCGUCGUUUCACUCGCGAUUUCGAUAGAUCGUCACGCUUUCUCGCGUAAUUUCAGUCAGUUCCAGUUAGCAAAGCUACUUUCCGGUAAUACACGAUGUCGAAAUUACCACGUAUCACUAGAUCUCUGCGGAUGUUUACGUCUCUGGAGCGCAGGGAAAUACUUGACUUCGAGCCGAACGACUUGGCGAGAAAGAGGCAGGAGCGGACGAAGCAGUUGCAGAGUCUUGAUUGGCACAAUGUAUGCAAAGGUGCAUCCAAGAGUCUUCUGGCACAUCUACAAGCGUUGAGAAAUGUUGUGCAAAAAGCUUUUGCAAACGACUGCCCAGAUGUUAUUGACGAAUUUACGGUGUAUGUGUUGCGUUUGUUGAUUGAAGACAAAAAUUUGUCACGAAAGAAAUAUAAUAUGCUUGGCCAGAAGGUGGGAAGUUUAACGUAUCAAUGUGCAGAAUCUAUGAUGCAGAUAGUCACUAAAAUUCAGAAGGAAUGCUACGAAGAAGCUGUAGAAUUGUUAUCGGAAUCCAAAGAGAAUGCUCCAGAUUCACGAGUCUUCGGCGCAGACAUUCCUUAUAAUCGAGCUAGAGCCAUAUGGCCCGAUACCUUUCUGCUUCACAAUAUGGUCACGGGAAAAACGAGCUUGAGUACUGAUAACUUUACGAUGGCGAUACACGCGACGAAACCCUUAGUACAGAAGAAAUCUGUAUUUGACAAAGCAACGUUCACAAAAGGAGUACGCGAUUGCCUCAAAGAGGGUAGCAAGGGAUUGUCGUAUCAAGAGUUUGUGUCAGCAAUAGUAGAUACAUUAAAAAAGAAGUCCGAAAAUAUACAAAUGGAACUGGUUGACAUGUUGAGUUGCGAACAGUUGGAAUUUAUCGAAUACAUUAUCGAGCACGCAAAGACCAUCGUAUCGACGUAUCCGUGCCAAAAAGUGGCCAAGAAACCACAGCCAGCUAUGCAGGGGCCUAUAAUAAGCGGUCAGGUAACCGUACAAUCCGCAACGGAAAAGCAAUUGUACAAGCAAGUGCGUAAGGAGGAGAAGAGGCUGAACAAGGUGGCGAACAAGCGAGACGCCAAGUUGGAAGACGAGGAGGAGGAAUUUGAUUUGACCGAGCUGCAGAUUAUGAAGCGAGAGGCAUUUAGAGCCACCUGUACCCCUCUAUUUCCCAAGAGGAACGCUCUGGAGAGGGGAGCGCAGGAGAAUUUCCCAUUUGUGUUUGAUUCUAAUGCGAGCGCCAAACAAGCGAGCAUUGUAUCGGGGCAGAAGUUACUGUUGGCCGAAGAUGUCAGAAGGGAGGACAGCGAGCUCGCGGAACAAGUACACAUACCGAUAUCGAAGCAAGAGUCCAUUGACGUCGACGUGGACGCCGUGUUGACGUCCUCCUUGGACGACAUCGGUCAACUGGCCUUCAGUGGCGUAACGUCGUUGAAUACGAUUCAGAGUAUAGUUUUCAACGCGGCGUACAAUACGAACGAGAACCUACUCAUUUGCGCGCCGACCGGGGCGGGCAAGACGAACGUGGCGAUGCUCACUGUGGUGCAUCAAUUGAAGCAGAACAUUCGAGACGGCCAGUUGGAUACGAGUCAGUUCAAGAUAAUCUACGUCGCGCCCAUGAAGGCCCUGGCGGCGGAAAUGACCAGGAACUUUCACAAGAGACUCAGCCCUCUGGGCGUGUGCGUCCGCGAGCUGACCGGCGACAUGCAGCUGACGAAACAAGAGAUCCAGCAGACUCAGAUGAUAGUGACCACGCCAGAGAAGUGGGAUGUCGUGACGAGGAAGGGUACCGGCGACAUCUCCCUCACGAGUAUCGUCAGACUGCUCAUCAUUGACGAGGUGCACUUGCUGCACGGAGACAGAGGACCCGUGGUGGAGGCGCUGGUCGCGAGAACCCUGCGUCAAGUGGAAUCGUCGCAGAGCAUGAUCAGGAUAGUCGGGCUGUCCGCGACGCUCCCGAAUUACUUGGACGUCGCGCGAUUUUUGCGCGUCAACCCGAACAAGGGAUUAUUCUACUUCGAUCACCGCUUCCGGCCGGUGCCCCUCAGUCAGACCUUCAUCGGCGUCAAGGCCGUCAAGCCGAUGCAACAGAUGGCCGACAUGGACUUGGUGUGUUACAACAAGGUCGUGGAGAUGGUGCGACAGGGCCACCAGGUCAUGGUGUUUGUGCACGCGCGGAACGCCACCGUGAGGACCGCCAACACCCUGCGGGACCUCGCCUCGCGAAACGACACGCUCAAGUACUUUGUAUCCGACGCGCAGGCGAAGCACGCGAGCAAGGCGUUCGCAAAGUCGCGCAACAAGUACCUCGGCGACUUAUUCGAAAGUGGGCUGUCGGUGCAUCACGCCGGCUUGCUGCGCUCCGACCGGAAUCUGGUCGAGAAGUACUUCGCCGACGGUCUGAUCAAAGUGCUGGUGUGCACCUCCACGCUGGCGUGGGGCGUGAACCUUCCCGCGCACGCGGUCAUCAUACGCGGGACCGAGAUCUACGAUUCGAAGCACGGCUCGUUCGUCGACCUAGGCAUCCUGGACGUCCUGCAGAUCUUCGGUCGCGCCGGCAGGCCGCAAUUCGACAAGUCGGGACACGCGGUGAUAAUCACGUCGCACAGCAAGCUCUCUCACUACCUGUCGCUGCUGACGAAUCAGAUACCGAUCGAGAGCAGCUUCAUCACGUAUCUGGCCGACAAUCUCAAUGCCGAGAUAGCCCUGGGCACAAUAUCGAACGUGGCGGAGGCGGUCGAGUGGUUGAGCUACACCUACCUCUUUGUACGUAUGAAACUCAACUUUCAGGCCUACGGCAUGCUCUAUCAGGAUCUCGUCAACGAUCCGAACCUCGAGAGGAAGCGCAAGGAGCUGGUGGACGUCGCCGCCAGGGCGCUGGACAAGGCGCGGAUGAUCAGAUACGACGCGCGCACCGGUGAUCUUAACGCGACCGAUUUGGGACGUAUCGCGAGCCACUAUUACCUCAAGUACGACACGGUCGAGACCUUCAACGAGCUCCAGAAGCCCGUAAUGACCGAGACGGAGAUCCUGGCGAUGAUAUCGCGCGCCCAGGAAUUCGAGCAGCUCAAGGUACGAGACGACGAGAUGAACGAGCUGGACGAGCUGAUGCGAGACUGCGAACUCGAGCCGCUGGGCGGCGUGGAGAAUGUCCACGGUAAGGUCAAUAUAUUGCUGCAGACCUAUCUGUCGAGGGGUCGGGUGAACACGGCCUCGUUGAUAUCCGACCAAGCGUACGUGACGCAGAACGCCGUGCGGAUAGCCCGGGCGCUCUUCGAGAUCAUGCUCAGGCAUAACGACGCGAUAAUGGCCGGACGGCUGCUGCAUAUGGCUAAGAUGUUCGAGGCGCAACAGUGGAGCUUCCUGACGCCGCUGCGCCAAUUCGAUUGCCUCUACAUGGAGGUGAUCGACAAGAUCGAGGCGCGGAACCUCGAGGUCUAUCGCUUGCGGGAGAUGGACGUGAGGGAGAUUGGCAAUAUUUUGCGGGACCAGCGAGCGGCGACGCUGGUGAAGAAGUGUUGCGAGCAGUUGCCCGAGCUGGACGUCGAAUACAGCUUGCAGCCUAUUACGCGCACCAUCCUGAGGAUACGCCUGAAACUGAUCCCGCGAUUCCGCUGGGACGACAAGGUUCACGGGAAGACGUCGCAGGCCUUCUGGAUAUGGAUCGAGGAUCCGGAACACAACUUUAUCUAUCAUCACGAGUAUUUCAUACUGAGCAAGAGGGCGGUCUGUCAGCAUCUCGAGCAAGAGCUCGUCGUCACCAUACCGUUGUCCGACGAGUCGUUGCCGACGCAAUAUCUGGUGAAAGUCACGAGCGACCGUUGGCUCGGCUGCGAGACCACGUUUCCGUUGACCUUCCGCGAUCUCAUUCUCCCGGAGACCCAUCCUCCGCACACCAAUCUUCAGAAAUUGCAGCCGUUGCCGAUCACCGCUCUCCACGAUCCGGAGCUGGAGAGCCUGUACAAUUUCUCCCACUUCAACCCGAUACAGUCGCAGAUCUUCCACUGUCUCUAUCACACGGACAACAAUGUUCUCCUCGGCGCUCCGACCGGCUCGGGGAAAACUAUCGCGGCGGAGGUCGCCAUGUUUCGCGUUUUCAAGCAGCAUCCGAACGAUUGGAAGGUCGUUUACAUAGCGCCCCUGAAAGCUCUGGUGAGGGAGCGCAUGAAUGACUGGAAGAUACGACUGGAGGAGCGGCUGGGUAAGAGGGUGGUGGAGCUCACCGGAGACGUGUCGCCUGACAUAAAGAUGAUUGCCGGCGCGAGCGUGAUCGUCACGACGCCCGAGAAGUGGGAUGGUAUUAGUCGGAGCUGGCAGACGCGAAGCUACGUGAAGAAAGUGGCGCUCAUAGUGAUCGACGAGAUUCACCUGUUGGGCGAGGACCGCGGGCCGGUGCUCGAGGUCAUAGUCUCCCGUACCAAUUUCAUAUCCUCGCACACGCACAACAAGGUCAGAGUCGUCGGGCUUUCGACCGCGCUGGCCAACGCGCAGGACCUGGCCAAUUGGCUCGGUAUCAAAGAGAUGGGUCUCUACAAUUUCCGGCCGUCCGUCAGACCCGUGCCGCUCGAGGUCCACAUCAGCGGAUUUCCUGGCAAGCACUAUUGCCCCCGGAUGGCGACCAUGAACAGACCAACCUUCCAGGCGAUUAGACAACACGCGCCCAGCAGUCCCUCUCUCGUAUUUGUAUCCUCUCGCAGGCAGACGCGCUUGACCGCCCUAGAUCUCAUCGCCUAUCUCGCGGCCGAGGACAAUCCCAAGCAGUGGCUACACAUGCCGGAGGAAGAGAUGAACGGCAUUCUCGACAAUAUCAAUGACUCGAACCUAAAGCUCACGCUCGCUUUUGGAAUUGGCCUGCAUCACGCCGGUCUUCAAGAGAGAGACAGGAGAACCGUCGAGGAGCUGUUUGUCAAUAAUAAGAUACAGGUACUAAUCACUACGGCCACCUUGGCCUGGGGUGUCAAUUUCCCCGCUCAUCUAGUAGUGAUUAAGGGCACGGAAUAUUACGACGGUAAGCUGAAACGUUACGUAGAUAUGCCGAUAACAGACGUUCUUCAAAUGAUGGGUCGCGCCGGCAGACCGCAGUUCGAUAAUUCCGGUGUAGCGGUCGUGCUGGUGCACGAUUUGAAGAAGAACUUUUACAAGAAAUUUUUAUACGAACCGUUCCCCGUGGAAUCGAGCUUGAUGGCUGUAUUACCCGAGCAUAUCAAUGCCGAGAUCGUUGCUGGCACCAUCAAGAACAAACAAGAGUUUCUCGAUUACUUAACGUGGACGUAUUAUUUUCGAAGAUUGAUGAAAAAUCCAAAAUAUUACGAUCUCGACGUCUUGGAGCCUUGCUUUAUCAACGAGUAUCUCUCGAGAUUGGUGGAGACCACCGUGAAGUCGUUAAUGGAUUCACAUUGUGUCGAUUACGACGAGGACGAGCAGACUCUAGUUUCGUUGCCGAUGGGUAAGAUAGCGUCAUUCUAUUAUCUGUCGCACAACACGAUGUUUAUGUUUACACAAUCGCUCAGGGAGAACUUGACGUUGGAUCAGUGCUUGCGUGUGCUCUGCGAUUCGCACGAGUACAACGAGUUACCUGUGCGACAUAACGAGGAUCUGUUAAAUGAGGAACUAGCGAAACUGUGUCGUCACUCCGUGAAUCAAUAUGAUUCUCCGCAUACAAAAGCGUCUCUCUUGCUGCAAGCGCAUUUCUCAAGACUGCCAUUACCUUGCACCGAUUAUAUCACCGAUCUGAAAUCAGUGCUCGAUCAAGCAAUUCGAAUAAUACAGGCAAUGAUCGACACAGUCGCGGAACGUGGAUGGCUAACGAGUACAUUAAGGAUAAUGCAACUGCUUCAAAUGAUCGUGCAAGCACGAUGGAUCGAUGAAUCUGCAAUUACAACGUUACCGCAUAUAAGGAAGGAAGAUUUGCACUUGUUUUCAUCGUUAUCGAUGGCUCUUCCAAUGUUGUGUUCUAUUACAUGUGACAAUUACAACAAACUCGCAAAGAUUUUGCGUAGAGCAGAAUAUCGAAUAGACCAAAUAAAGGAGAUACAUCAAGUAAUUAAAAACAUGCCGAUAAUAUCUGUUGAUUUAACAUUGGAGAGUUCUUGGAACGUUGAGACGAGAACAACGUUGGAGCUGGAUGGCGACGAUUCCGUAGCUGUUCGACGAAAUGAAGAAUAUACAUUAACUAUUGGCUUGAAAAGAACGAACUAUUCUAAAACUUUAAAAGCCCACUGUCCAAUGUUUUUGAAAGGAAAGGACGAAAGUUGGUUCUUGCUAGUAGGCGAUAUUCAAAAUAGAGAAUUAUGGGCUCUAAAAAGGGUGUCUGGUAUAAAUAGUCAGCAGAAAUAUCAUCAAUUGCAAUUUACUACACCUGACAAGCUGGGGCCGACAAAGUUAACGUUCUACCUAAUUUCUGACUGCUAUAUGGGAUUGGAUCAACAGUACAGUAUUUGUCUAGAUGUAACAUGUUAAAUAUUUAACAGUAACCAAAACAUCUAAGACUGAAGAAACAAGAGGUGAUAUUGUAUUCAAUUAUCGCAAAUCUUUCUAUAUCGUUAAUACAGGGAUUAUAAGAAAAGAAGAAAGUUUACGAAACUGUUAAAAGAAAUAUAUAUAUACAUGAACAUAUAUAUAUAUUGAAAUGAACGAGAUGAGAUUUGCCGUAAUUGUAUACAGAGAUAUAUAGAUUGCAAGUUGUGUACAGAAACUUUGUAUAUUUUUCUUCACAUAAUUUUAUUACACGUCUAUGAAAUAUA